AUGAGUCCAACCUCAUCUUACUUGCCAGAAGAAGAAUUCAGCACAACAAAUGUUUACAACUACGACGAAGUUCCUGAGAAUAAAUCUUGGGCUUCAGCUUUACCAAUCGCUAAAGGUUUAUAUAACCCAGAGUUAGAAAAAGAUGCUUGUGGUGUCGGUUUUACUUGUCACUUGAAAGGUGUCCCAUCUCAUAAAAUUGUUUCUGAUGCCAAACACUUGUUGUGUAACAUGACACACAGAGGUGGUGAAUUAAACCCAAACGAUGGUGAUGGUGCUGGUUUAUUAUCAUCAAUUCCACACAGAUUCUUGAAAAGAGAAUUCCAGUACUACUGCAACAUCGAAUUACCUCCAAAGGGUCAAUAUGGUGUUGGUAAUGUUUUCUUUAAGAAAGACGAUGCCGUUUUUGAUAAAUCUAAGAAAACUUUUGAAAAUAUCGCUGACUCCUUGGGUUUGAAGGUUUUGGCAUGGAGAGAGGUCCCUCAUGAUUCCUCUAUUUUGGGUGCCGCUGCUUUAUCUAGAGAACCAUAUAUUUUACAACCAGCCGUUGUUUACAAGGAAACAUGGGGUCAAGAUAUUUCUGAAGAAGAAUUUGAUUCCAAACACAAAAAAGAUUUCGAAAAGAGAUUGUUCAUUUUGAGAAAGCAAGCUUCUCAUACCAUCGGUUUACACAAUUGGUUCUACAUAUGUUCGCUUUCCAACAAAACCAUUGUUUACAAAGGUCAAUUGGCUCCAAAACAAGUUUAUUCUUACUAUCAUGAUUUAGUUAACGCUGAAUAUGAAUCCCAUUUUGCAUUAGUUCAUUCUCGUUUCUCCACCAACACUUUCCCAUCUUGGGAUAGAGCUCAACCAUUGAGAUUAGCUGCCCAUAAUGGUGAAAUCAACACCUUGAGAGGUAACAAGAACUGGAUGAGAGCUAAAGAAGGGGUUAUGAAAUCUCAAUUGUUUGGUGAUGAAAUGGACAAAUUGUUCCCAAUCAUUGAAGAAGGUGGUUCUGAUUCCGCUGCUUUUGAUAAUGUUUUGGAAUUGUUGGUCAUUAAUGGUGUCGUUUCAUUACCAGAAGCUGUGAUGAUGAUGAUUCCAGAAGCUUGGCAGAAUGAUUCAUACAUUGACCCUAAAAAGAAGGCUUUCUACGAAUGGGCUGCAUGUUUGAUGGAACCAUGGGAUGGUCCAGCUUUAUUCACUUUUGCUGAUGACAGAUAUUGUGGUGCCAACUUGGAUCGUAAUGGUUUGAGACCAUGUCGUUACUACGUUCUUGAUGAUGACCGUAUUAUCUGUGCUUCAGAAGUUGGUGUCAUUGAAGUCCAACCAGAAAAAGUUUUACAAAAGGGCAGAUUGCAACCAGGUAAAAUGUUGUUAGUCGAUACCAAAGAAGGUCGUAUCGUUGAUGACAAGGAAUUAAAGAGCAGAGUCUCUUCCAAAUACGACUUCAAAUCUUGGGUUUUAGCCAACAUGAUCACCUUGCAAGACUUGAAUGAGAAAUUGGCAUCCAGAAGCAUUGAUGUUGCUUCUAAACCAGUUGAUACUUCCGUCAACAUCCAAUCUGAUCCAAGAUUAAUUGCUUCCGGUUAUUCUCACGAACAACUUUUGUUUGUUUUGGCUCCUAUGGCUGAAGGUAACGAAGCUUUGGGUUCUAUGGGUAACGAUAAUGCGUUGGCUUGUAUUUCAGAACAACCAAAGUUAUUAUACGAAUACUUCCGUCAAUUGUUUGCUCAAGUUACCAAUCCACCAAUUGAUCCAAUUAGAGAAAAAAUUGUCAUGUCUUUGGAAUGUUAUGUUGGUCCUCAAGGUAACUUAUUGGAAAUGAAACCAAACCAAUUGAAUAGAUUGUUGUUGAAAUCUCCAAUUUUGACUAAUUCAGAAUUAUUGGCAAUUAAACACAUUGAAACAGUUUAUCCAUCAUGGUCUGUUGCCAACAUUGACAUUACUUUUGAUAAAUCUGAAGGUAUUCAAGGUUAUAUUAACACCAUUGACAGAAUCUGUCAAGCUGCUUCUAGAGCAAUUGCUGAUGAUAAUCAAAUUAUCAUUUUAAGUGACGCCAACACUGGCCCAGAAAGAUUACCAAUCUCCGCUUUGAUUGCAGUUGGUGCUGUUCACCAUCAUUUGGUUAGACAAAAGCAACGUUCCAAGGUUGCACUUAUCAUUGAAACUCAAGAAGCUAAAGAAGUUCACCAUGCCUGUUGUUUGGUUGGUUAUGGUGCCGAUGGUAUUAAUCCAUACUUGGCCAUGGAAACUUUGGUUAGAAUGAAACAACAAGGUUUAUUAAAGAAUGAAGCCCUUACUGAAGAAAAAAUCAUCUCGAACUAUAAAUCUUCCAUUGAUGCUGGUAUCUUGAAGGUUAUGUCCAAGAUGGGUAUUUCUACUUUGGCUUCUUAUAAAGGUGCUCAAAUUUUUGAAGCUUUGGGUAUCGACAACUCAGUCAUUGAUAGAUGUUUUGCUGGUACUGCUUCCAGAAUCAAGGGUAUUACUUUUGAAUAUAUUGCUCAAGAUGCCUUCACUUUGCAUGAAAGAGGUUAUCCAUCCAGAGAAACCAUCAAACCAGUUGGAUUACCAGAAACCGGUGAAUACCACUGGAGAGAUGGUGGUGAUGCCCAUAUCAAUGACCCUGCUGCUAUCGCCUCCUUGCAAGAUGCUGUUCGUAACAAGAAUGAGAGAGCUUAUGAAGCCUAUGCCAAAAAGGAAAACGAAGCUGUUCGUAACUGUACUUUACGUGGGUUGUUAGACUUUGAUUUUGAAUCAUCAUCUGAAGUUCCAAUUGACCAAGUUGAACCAUGGACAGAAAUUGUUCGUCGUUUUUUCACUGGUGCCAUGUCCUAUGGUUCUAUCUCUAUGGAAUCACAUUCCACAUUGGCCGUUGCUAUGAACAGAUUGGGUGGUAAAUCCAACACUGGUGAAGGUGGUGAAGAUGCUGCCAGAUCUAUUGUCAGAGACAAUGGUGACACCAUGAGAUCAGCUAUUAAACAAGUUGCCUCAGGUAGAUUUGGUGUCACUUCAUACUAUUUGGCUGAUGCCGAUGAAUUGCAAAUCAAAAUGGCUCAAGGUGCUAAACCAGGUGAAGGUGGUGAAUUGCCAGGUCAUAAAGUUUCUGUUGAAAUUGGUAAAACUAGACAUUCCACUCCAGGUGUUGGUUUGAUUUCUCCACCACCACAUCAUGAUAUUUACUCAAUUGAAGAUUUGAAACAAUUGUUGUAUGAUUUGAAAUGUGCUAAUCCAAGAGCAAGAACUUCUGUCAAGUUGGUUUCAGAAGUUGGUGUUGGUAUUGUUGCUGCUGGUGUUGCCAAAGCCGGCUCAGAAAACAUUUUAGUUUCUGGGGGUGAUGGUGGUACUGGUGCUGCCAAAUUGACUUCGAUCAAGUAUGCUGGUUUGCCAUGGGAAUUGGGUUUAGCCGAAUCUCAUCAAACUUUAGUUUUGAAUGACUUGAGAGGUAGAGUUAUUUUGCAAACUGAUGGUCAAAUCAGAACUGGUAGAGAUAUUGCCAUUGCUUGUUUAUUGGGAGCUGAAGAAUGGGGUUUUGCUACUUCUCCAUUGAUUGCCAUGGGUUGUAUCUAUAUGAGAAAAUGUCAUUUGGGUACUUGUCCAGUUGGGAUUGCUACUCAAGAUCCAGAAUUGAGAAAGAAAUUCGAGGGUACUCCAGAACAUGUCAUCAAUUUCUUCUACUAUUUGGCUAAUGAUUUGAGAAAAUUCAUGGCUAAAUUGGGUUUCAGAACUAUUAAUGAGAUGGUUGGUAGAACUGAAAAAUUGAAAGUUAGAGAAGAUUUCAGAACUACCAAGAAUGCAAACAUUGACUUGUCUCCAAUUUUGACUCCUGCCCAUACUAUUAGACCAGGUGUUGCCACUCAUUGUGUUAGAAAACAAGAUCACAAGUUGCACAUUAGAGUUGAUAACAAAUUGAUUGAUGAAUCUGAAUUGACCUUGGCUAAAGGUUUGCCUGUCACUAUUGACUGUGAAGUUGUCAACACUGAUCGUUCCUUGGGUACUACAUUGUCAUACCGUGUUUCCAAGACUUUUGGUGAAAAUGGUUUACCACAUGAUACUAUUCAUGUUAAUGUUACUGGUUCCGCUGGUCAAUCAUUUGGUGCCUUUUUAGCAUCUGGUGUCACUUUGGAAUUGGAAGGUGAUGCUAAUGAUUACAUCGGUAAAGGUUUAUCUGGUGGUAGAAUUAUUGUUUACCCUCCAAAGGAAUCUAAAUUCAAAGCCGAAGAUCAAAUCAUUGCUGGUAACACUGCUUUCUUUGGUGCUACUUCUGGUUCUGCCUUUAUCAGAGGUAUUGCUGCUGAAAGAUUUGCCGUUAGAAACUCUGGUGCCAUUAUUGUUGCUGAAGGUACUGGUGACCAUGGUUGUGAAUAUAUGUCUGGUGGUAGAGUUGUCAUUUUGGGUUCCACUGGUAGAAACUUUGCUUCUGGUAUGUGUGGUGGUAUUGCCUAUGUUUUGGACAUGGCCCAAGACUUUAGUGAUAAAGUUAAUAAAGCCCAAGUUGAAUUAUCCCAAGUUACCGAGACUGAAGAAAUUGCUUUCUUGAGAAAUUUGAUCGAAGACCACCGUCAUUACACUGGUUCUGAAGUUGCUGACAGUAUUUUGAAUGAUUUCAACAGAUACUUGCCAAGAUUUGUUAAAGUCUUACCAAAUGAUUAUAAGAAGGUUUUGGAAAAGGAAAAGCAAUUAGCCCAAGAAGCAAAGAACAAGGAAUUAAGCAGUUUCUUGAAAUCUAUCAAGGAGGACCCAGAAGCUGAUGUUACCAAUGGUGAAGCAUACAAGAUCAAAAAGGGACAUGUUCACAAACCUUCCAACAAACAAGAACCAAAAGUUGCUGAUGUUGAAGAUACUAUUUUCAACACUGAAUUUGAAAAGAAGGCUCCAGUCAAAUUAGAUAAACUCAGAGGUUUCAUGAAGUACAAGCGUAGAAAUGAAAAAUACAGAGAAGCCAAAUCAAGAACCAAGGAUUGGAAAGAAAUGACUUCUAGAUUAACCAAAGAAGAAUUGAAAUAUGAAACUGCUAGAUGUAUGGAUUGUGGUGUUCCAUUCUGUACUUCUGAUACUGGUUGUCCAAUUUCCAACGUUAUUCCAAAAUGGAAUGAAUUGGUUUUCAAUGACAGAUGGUAUGAUGCUUUGCAAAGAUUAAUGAUGACCAACAAUUUCCCAGAAUUCACUGGUAGAAUUUGUCCAGCUCCAUGUAAUGGUGCUUGUGUUUUGGGUAUUAAUGAAGAUCCAGUGAAUAUUAAAUCUGUUGAAUGUGCCAUUAUUGAUCAUGGUUUUGAACAAGGUUGGAUUAAACCAAAUCCACCAUCUCACAGAACUGGCAAGACAGUUGCUGUUAUUGGUUCUGGUCCAGCUGGUUUGGCUGCUGCCGAUCAAUUGAAUAAAGCUGGUCAUUCUGUUACCGUUUAUGAAAGAAGUGAUAGACCAGGUGGUUUGUUGAUGUACGGUAUUCCAAAUAUGAAAUUGGACAAAGGAAUUGUCAAGAGAAGAACUGAUUUGUUGGCUGCUGAAGGUAUUGAAUUUGUUUGUAACACUACUGUUGGUGAAGAUGUCACUGUUUCUGAAUUGAAAUCUCAAUUUGAUGCAGUUGUCUUUGCUGUUGGUUCUACUAUUCCAAGAGAUUUAAAGAUUCCAGGAAGAGAAUUGAAAAACAUUGGUUUUGCCAUGCAAUUGUUGCAUUCCAACACCAAGGCCUUGUUAGAAGAUCAAUUGGAAGAUAUUAGAAAGACUUUAGAAGGUAAGAAUGUUGUUGUUAUUGGUGGUGGUGAUACUGGUAAUGAUUGUUUGGGUACCUCAACCAGACAUGGUGCUAAAUCAGUUACCAACUUUGAAUUGUUACCACACCCACCAAAUGCCAGACCAAAGGACAAUCCAUGGCCACAAUGGCCAAGAAUCUUCAGAGUUGAUUAUGGUCAUACUGAAGUUGCUGCUCAUUAUGGUAAGGAUCCAAGAGAAUAUUCCAUCUUAUCUAAAGAAUUUGUUGGUGAUGAAGAAGGUAAUGUUAAAGGUAUCAAAACUGUUAGAGUUGAAUGGAAACGUUCUGAUUCAGGUGCUUGGCAAAUGGCUGAAGUUCCAGGUAGUGAAGAAUUUUUCCCAGCUGAUGUUGUUUUAUUAUCUAUGGGUUUUGUUGGACCAGAAUCCGAUAAUUUAGAAGUUGAAAAAACCAAGAGAGGUACUAUUACUACUAUUGAUCCAAAUGUUUACAAAGUUGAUAGAAACGAUAAUGUUUUUGCUGCUGGUGAUUGUAGAAGAGGUCAAUCAUUAGUUGUUUGGGGUAUUCAAGAAGGUCGUCAAUGUGCUAGAGAAGUUGAUGAAUAUUUAAUGGGUUCAACAAGAUUACCAGGUAAUGGUUCUGUUGAACAAAGAAACUACAAGUUGUUAGAAGAAUUAGCUGAAAAGAUUUAG